GCGGCGAGCGGCGGGGGGACACCCGGCCAUGCGGGGCCGGCGGCCGCGGCGCGGGUGAGGCGCUCCAUGGCCGGCGGCUCGGGGUGAGGCAGGCGCGGGCAUGGCGGGCGUGAGCUACUCGCCGCCCUGGUGGGUGAGCCUGCUGCACCGCCUGCCGCACCUCAGCCUGCGCUGGGAGCUCACCGCCGCCGACUUCCGACCGCACGACGCCGAGUACCAGCAGGCCCUGCUGCUGCUGGGUGGCAUCGCUCUCUCCUGCCUGGCUCUGGACCUGCUCUUCCUCCUGUUCUACUCGUUCUGGCUGUGCUGCCGCCACCGCAAGAGCGAGGAGCACCUCAAUGCUGACUGCUGCUGCACAGCCUGGUGUGUCAUCAUCGCCACCCUCGUCUGCAGUGCUGGAAUUGCUGUGGGUUUCUACGGGAAUGGGGAGACCAGUGACGGCAUCCACCGGCUGACGUACUCACUGCGCCACGCCAACCGCACCGUGGCCGGCGUCCAGGAUCGGGUACUGGACACUGCAGUGGCCCUGAACCAAACAGUGGAACCAAAUUUGCUCGUCCUGGAGGAGAUGUUCAAGAAGCAGACAGACUACCUGCACAUUGUCCAGAAACUGCAAAGUCUCUUGGAUGAUCUGGUCAGGCAAACAACUGAGAUCCCCUUUUGGAAGAAUGACGAGCUGUCUCUGGAGGAGCUGGCAAUUCAGAUUGACCUCUAUGACUGGUACAGGUGGCUGGGAUACCUGGGCCUGCUCCUGUUUAAUGUCCUGAUAUGUUUGCUGGUGCUGUUUGGGCUCAUUAGAAACUCCAGGGGCAUUCUUAUUGGGGUGUGCUUGCUUGGGGUGUUUGCCCUGAUUGUCAGCUGGGGAUCCCUGGGCCUGGAGCUGGCUGUCGCUGUGGGCUCCAGUGACUUCUGUAUCAACCCUGAUGCUUAUGUCUCCAAAGUGGUCGAAGAGAAUGCAGUGCUCAGUGCUGAGACUCUCCGCUAUUACAUGACCUGUAGUGCUGGCUACCCCAACCCUUUCCAGCAGAAGCUGUCAGGAAGUCACAAGGCUUUGGUAGAAAUGCAGGAUGAUGUGUCGGAGCUCAUGAGGUCAGCAAGCAAAGAGCACCCCACCUCCAAGGAGUAUCUUACUCGGAUCCAGGAGGUUUUGAAUUCGACAGAGAUCAACUUGCAGCAGCUGACAGCUCUAGUAGACUGUCGGAGUCUGCACUUGGAUUACAUCCAGGCUCUGACAGGCUUCUGCUAUGAUGGAGUGGAAGGCCUCAUCUACCUGGUUCUCUUCUCCUUUGUCACAGCCCUCAUGUUCAGUUCCAUUGUCUGCAGUGUCCCACACACUUGGCAGCAAAAGAGAGGCUCAGAUGAUGAUGGGGAAGAAGAAUCAGCUGCUCAAGGGAGCAGACAGACACACGAUAAUCUGUACAGAGUGCACAUGCCCAGUCUCUAUAGCUGUGGCAGUAGUUAUGGCAGUGAGACCAGCAUCCCAGCAGCUGCACACACAGUCAGCAAUGCUCCUGUCACAGAGUACAUGAGCCAGAAUGCAAAUUUCCAGAACCCCCGUUGCGAGAAUACCCCGCUCAUUGGCCGGGAGUCCCCACCUCCCUCAUACACCUCCAGCAUGAGAGCCAAAUACCUCGCCACCAACCAACCUCGUCCAGAUGCUGGCAGUGUGCAUUAAAAUGAAAAAGCAAAAGCAAAAAAAGAAAAACAAAAAAAACAAAACCCACACGUGCAGUCAGACAAAACAAUGUGCCAACUGCUGUGCCCCUGUGCUGUCCUUGUAGAACAAUCCUGCUCUUCUGCCCAAAAUCUAGUGCAGCUCCUUCUGUUUCUCCAGUCCAGACCACCCUUCCAACCUGGUACCUGCCCACUGAGUGGAAGCUCCUUUUGAAUUUAAGCCUUCACCUUGUAGUUCCUGAUGUGCAAGAGAACAAACGUGUGCAGGCCAGCAGCUGACAGCACCUGGGCAGGAACCUGAGCCCCCCAGCCCAUGGGCCAGCUUACCAGAGCAACCUGUCCUAAACAGGGGGUGAAUAUCUUCUGCCCCCUUCUUCCCCCGUUCUGUUCCAAGAGGGACUUGGUGAAAGAUGCUGGUAGAUCUUCUUCACUUCUGCAGUGGGACCAGCAGCCUGUCAGACACUGAAGAAGCAGGACUGGGUGCCUGUGGCUGUGUGCAGCAAGGGAAUGCACAGCUGAGCCUCUCCUGGGAAUCCUCUGGUGCACUGGCCUGGGUGAGGGAGGAGGGAGCUCCUGCCUCUUGGUGUCCCUGCAUAUCCACUGGAAUUUGCUCUAGAAGAGCAAACUUUCACUACCCUGGUUAACUUUUUUUUUUUUUUUUUUUUUUUUUUAACCAUUAAGAAAAUGCCUUUUUCUUUCCCUCUAUAUCUAUCAUGUGAAUUCUUGAGGAGGAGCAGGGGGGCCCAGCACCAGUCAGUUACCUUGUCCACUGCUCUGGAGCUGACCUCUCUGCUCCAUCAGGGAAGGCCAGGUAUUUGCAGAUGGCAUUCUGGGUGCUGUCUUUCCUAGGCUGACACAGAUCAAACAGGAGCCAGCCACUCACUUGGUGCCAAAUUUUUCUGGGGAAAGACUUACAAGACUUUAUGGGGAGGUAUUUUUGCACUGAAGAGUUUUGGCUCUCUGAUGCUAGAUCUUAUGGGACAGUCAGCUUGCAAAAGCAAAAAAAAACUGGAAGCGUCGAUGGAUUUAUAGCAAAUGCAAGCUCUCCCUGCAGGAAUUACCUGUGAACUCUGCUGGACUUUCUUUUUUUCCUUUUUUAUAAAUCAUAAUCUACAGCACAGGGUUGCUGAAAUGGCAUUGAAGGAGGUUUUUGGAGCCUCAGUCCUAACAAACUCACAAGAUUGUCAGUCUAUCUUCUGUGUUCUAGAGAUCCAAAACCUUUGACAACAUUGUGUCAGAACAGAUUUGUAUUUUAUUCUAUUUUGUUUAGGUUCUGAAGGCACAUUGCUAACCACUAUCUGACCAUACUAAUGCAUAUGUAAGGCAUUUUCUAGAUGUGAGGCAGAAUAAGGCUUGCAAAGGGGCAGCUGGGUGCCUGCAGAGGGCAACAUCCUUCACUGGUGCUGUACUUCCCACUGAAGAGCAGUGCUCCAAAGGGCACUGACAGCUUCCUGCUGGAAGAGGAGACUGCCUCUUGGGAGGUACUGUCAACUACUGCCCUUUCACUAGGGUAACUAUGAUGUUCCUUUUUGUCUUUUUACCUCUUAGUAGGGGCAUCUUAGCAGAGCUGCUGAGCAUUAUAUUAAAUAAGUGGCAGAGGAAAUUGAGUGGGAAACAUCUCAAACUGGAGUGGAGCCGUUGGCAGAGGCAGUUCAUCAUCACCUCAGCGAUGUUCAGACUCGGUGUCUGCUUACCCCACAUUUGCUGUUUGGGGCACAGAAUUACCAACCUGCCUUUACUCAAGUCAGUUGCCUUCUUGCAGUGAGGUUGGAACUGCUCCUGGCAGGCAGCUAAACAGGCUCAAGGGAUCUGCUGGGAAAUGGUACCAGCUCUGUGGCAGAGCAAGCUUUGAGACUCCUCUUAAGAUAGAAACCACUACUAAACUGCAAGGCCAGCUGUUACCAUUCAAAGGAGUGAGAGACAGGGAGGAGGCAUCACCACACAGACAGGAAGAGAAGGGUUUGGAAUAAACUUCACACUUCACCAUAAAUCUCUGGAAGCAGGAUGUUCUUGCUCAGGACUGAGUAUGCCCUUUCAGACACAUUGGAUGGGCUUCACACUGAAACAUACCUCUGUUUUAUCAAAUAACAAAGGCAGGGAAAUGUGGUCACAGGUGGUAGGGAGAGACGCUGUGGCUCACGAGCCCCAGGGUUUCCAUCCUAGAGCCUACCAGGAGCUGUGGGUGUGCAGGGUGUGGUGAUCUUGCAGGGACCCAAGCACCCAACUGCUCUCUGUGGGGAGCCCCAACCUUUCCCUCACUUAGAAGAAAGAAUCAAGAGCCAUAUAAUCCUUAUCAAGACUGAGUUGUUCUACCAUCAUCCCUCCCUGCAAGGAUGUGCUCCGAUUGCUACUCACAUUAUCAAUUUUAGGGGAGCUGCCCUGAAAUCUGUGGCCCAGUCCUGGUGGAAGGCAAGUGUUUUGGAGGGUGUGGGGAACCCUGUGAAGACAAGUGCUUCUGUGUACCAACUUUGUGCACAGAAUGCAUCCUGAACCUGCGUGUGACUGCACUGUGGGCUGGGUCUGAAUUGUCACCAUGGCAUUGUCUGUGCCACGCAGUGACAGGAGUGAGCCAAUGCCUUUGCUUGCAUCAUCUAAUGGAGCAGCCACCUUGACCUGCUUCCUUCCAAGGUCUGGCAUAGCCACUUCCAACACCCAGAACAACUUCUGACAGUGUUUGGGGCUCACAGCAAGGCACAGCUGUGGAGAUACAUGUUCUGUGACUUCGACAUAUAACUGGAAAGAUUGUUAUGGAGAUAACAUUUUGCUCUCUGGGGGCCAGCACAACGUGACUGCGGUGUGAGUGGUGUACCUGUGUCCAGCCAGCACUUCCUUUACUUGACAUGGAUAUUGCACUUUUGUAAAGCAUCCUGGAACUCUGCUGCCCCGCUGCAUGCUGUGCAGAGCGCUGGAUAGGAAACACAGACAAAUGGGUUUCUUUUGGUUUAUUAUUAUUAUUAUUACUACUACUUUUUUUUUUUUUUUUUCCUUUUUUUAAUUUUACUGAAACCUUGAGCAACAGUGUGGCAUUUCUGCAGGCUGGUCUGAAUGAAUCUGCUGAAGAACAGAUGGCCUUUGCCUAUUCUUAUGGCUGCGACAUAAUCAGUCUCAUCCAUAUGGUCACAUUUUGUCUGAGGAGGGGACUUUGAAAAGCCAAGAUCUCCCAGACUCUGUGCCUCCCUCUCGGGUGAACAGCAGGUGCUAUCUGGCGAAGACUCAUCUGUUCUGGAUGGCAUUCAUGGUUGAGGGAGUCCAAACUCUUCAAGCUGCAGGAGGUAAAGCUGUAGAGACUUCUCUCUCUUCCAUCGUGUCUCUCUGUUUUUAAUGUGACAAAAUGCCAAGGCCAUAUCACUUGGUGUGUCCCAGCUGACCUUAUUGGACAUUUCUCAUGUUACUGGUUGCUAGAAAAAGGGUCCAGAAGUCAGGGGAGCUGAGAUUGGCCUCUGGACACCUUGCUGACUGCAGAGUGGACGGCAGCUUGUCCGGUUGAAGGUGACUGCAUCGAUGAAGACACUUCAUGUUACUUUUUCAGAAGCACAAAUGUGGUCAUUGGCUUGUCUGGUUGGCUUGGUUUAUUUCCACUGCAUCAUCAUGUGUGAAUGACACUUUCUUUUGGAACUGAGAACUCUUCCAAGCACACAAACAUCUCCACAAUGUGAAAUGUAAAUAGCAUGUUGGACUCUUGUGUCCAGUGUUCAAGACUGCAUUGUAAUUGUAAAGGAAAUCAAAUCAAGACUUGGCUGUGAAUUUCUUGUGCUGUCUUGGGAAUUAUAACUGUAGUGUUUGUAUCCUGUAUGUAUUAUUAAACUGAGUUCAUUUUGUGUGCUGAUAAAAGGGUUCAAGCUAAGAUUUUUAGCGUGCAUCCAUGUAUCCAAAUGUGAAGGAUGGAGUGCUCCCUUCCCCUCCUGUCCUUUUUAAGUUUUCUCCAUUUGAUAGGUGUUGAUUUUCCGUGUACAGUCAUCUCAGCCAAGAUGCAAGGGAUGUUCAUUCGAGUGCUUUGAGGGGGACACAGUGCAUGGGGUUUUAAGUGAUCCUAAGUCAGGAUUUCCAUAGCAGUUCCCUGAAACUACAUGAGAAGUUUGGCCUUUCUGAGAGUGAAACCAUUUCUCAGGGAGCUGCUCAGCCAUUGCUCACAAGAGCUUUGGGCGCUGCAGGGUGGUGGGAGACAGGAGUGGGUGGGUGCCCCCAGAGCAAGGUCCAGGUAUUUAUGGGAGCAAACCCAGGCUUCACUUCUGGUGCCCCCUUCUUUUCCUCCCAGCAGCCACUGAAAUACCAUUCUGAGCCCUUUGAAGAAGAAAGAAGUGUCUUGGCUUGUUGAUCCCUGCCACCCCCUCAUUCCAGAGGAGAUGAGGUGGGUGGGUUCCCCUUAGCACUGGAGAGAAACUGUCUUUGAAGUGUUUCCUACCUGGGGUCCAAGGAGAAGCCAGCAUAUUGUCAGUGCCACUCAGUGAACAUCUCUGGGUGGGAGGGGAAAAACCCUCCAGGGAGGUACUGAGGAGCAGAUCUCAUACCUUGAGACAGACAAGGCUUGGUCUGUACCUCCUUCCAUCACAGCCUGCUUCCCUUUUCCAGAAAUUGUGUGCAUGCUAAGGAUGGCUUCCCCAGGCAGGCCAGGAGGCCCAGCAGAAGUGUGGGAUGUUUUGGUAGCAGCUCCUAGAUGGCUGACAAGUGGUCAGUGCUUUCAGGGGGUGUGGGAUCUCUGCCAAGCCGUGAUGGUGAGUGUGCUGCCCAGCUGGGAGACAAGGGAUGGGUUACUGGUGGCCUGGGGCUCCCAGGUGCUCACCCAGCCCCUGUGGCCACAUGAACAAAGUGGAACAUAAAUUGAUGUACAACCAGAAAGUUCAAAAUGCUCCUUUCCUAAAGAGGAUAACUGUAGCAUGAAGCUCUUAGGUGCUCUGCAUAUUUGAUACCACAUUGCUCCUCACUAUGCAAUUCCCAACUCCUUCCUUCCUGUUCCUCCUCUAAUCUCACACCAAGACUUCUCCAGUGGCCUCUGCCCAGGAGGCUGCUGAAGUCCCAGAAAAGCCUCAUUUCUUCCAUUGUCCUGCACUGGGUGCAGCUGCCCAGCGUCACGUCGCGUGCCUCAGGUCCCUUGUAACGGGAGGCCCCACCAGUUUUACUCACAUCAUUCAGAGGGAAGUUUAUUUUCUUGGACACUGUGCACAGAAACCUAAUGGUGAACAUGUACCUGGCCUUUUUGUAACUUCUCUGUUUUGUUUUCUUUUUUUUUUUUUUCUUCUUAACCAUAAUGGUUGUAUAUCAUACCACUUUAUAUACAUAUAUAAUAUAUAAAUAUAUAUAAUUUUUUUUUAAACUUCGGACCUGCUAGUUUCUUUCAAGUGUUCCUGCACUUACCCAAAAUGUUUUUAAAUUGUGAGGAUUAAAGAGGAUUGAGCCCAUUUUUGUAUCUUUACUUUUAAUUCUGUAGUUCUAUUGAUUGUAACGUAGCUAUUUUUUACUGUAACUUUUUGGUUUGCAAAUACUAAACAAAAAAACCUAAAUGUAAUUUCUGUGGUUUCUAUUCAGCUUGGGUUUCAUGUUUUAAAAAUAAACGAUUUAAAACCACUGUU